AUGGCUGUUAUCACUUUCACCGAUGAAGCCUCCUCCCAAAUCCCUCCAGCAAGGGCAUUCGAGGGCUUGAUCAUUGAUGGUGACAAUUUGAUCCCUAAAAUUAUGCCACAAGCCUUCAAGAGCAUUGAAGUCUUGGAAGGAGAUAGAGGUGCAGGAACCAUCAAAAAGAUCAAUUUUACUGAAGGUUGA